AUGUCCGCUGUCAGCAUCCCAUGUGACCCCCUCGCCCAUGAGCCCCUCGAGGUCGCCUCGAACCCCGACCUGCGCAAAUUUCAUGAGAAGUACUCCAACCAUAAUUUGUCCUCGCAAGUGCCUGGCCAGAAGAACGGGUCAGCCGUCCGGAAAUCUUCGCUUCUGCUGAAGCAGCGGCGUCUGCGUGAGCUGCAGGAGUGGGAAUAUCAGGCGGCAAUCGCGCCACGGCGCACCGCCAAUUCAGGCCCGGUCGGCCUACUGGGCUUUGGCCUCUCAACGAUCCUGCUGAACCUGCACAACACCGGGAGAUUCCCGCUCUCGACAGUGAUCGUCGCCAUGGGCAUCGCCCUCGGCGGGGGUGCGCAGGUCAUCGCGGGCCUGCUCGAGUGGGUGCGCGGCAACACCUUUGCCCACGUCGCCUUCACGUCGUAUGGCGCCUUCUGGCUGUCUCUCGUGCUCGUCUGGCUGCUGCCCAACACGGCUGCUCGCAACUCGUCGAUUGUGGAGCCGUCGAGCGAGUAUUUCGUAGGCGUAUACCUCGUUCUGUGGGGAAUCUUCUCCUUCUUCAUGCUUAUGUGCACCAUCCGCAUGAACGUCGCCAUCUUUAUCGUGAUCCUCACCGUGACGCUGCUCUUCCUGAUUCUUGGUUUUGCCAGCAUGACGGGCAGCCAGACAGCGCUCCGUGUGGCCGGCUACGAGGGCGUCAUCUGCGGCUCCACCGCCCUCUACCUCGCCUUUGCGGAGAUUCUGAACGAGGUUUGGGACCGCAUAAUCCUGCCGGUGAUCCCGAUGACGCAGCUGCUUGACUGGCUCGGUGUUUGCAGGCAGAAGCCGGAGGAAGUUACUGGGCUGAACAGUAGCGUGCCGAUACUCAAGAAUGACGGAAACACUUAG